UAACUUCACCAGAGGAAACUUAGAGCAGAGGCUCAGAAGUGUGCGCUCCAUGAGGAGAGAGCAUGCCAGGCUGACACCCUGCUGGAUACAAUGCCACCCACCAGAGCUGGACUACCAGGCUGAGAAGCCACCCCCAGCACCUCACCCCCUGGCACCGACUUCUCCUUUACUCACAACUAUUGCAUUAUUGGAAUAAGACCCGCUGGCACCUGUCCUGUGCCCCCCGAAGACCCUUUGGAGCUGCCUUGAUGAUGCCCCUCUGCUGGAUCUAACCUUACAAAGUGACACCAUGUACACAGAGGAGAACAUAACCAUAGAUGCUCCAAAUGCCACUGUGCUGGGUACCUCGGGCAGCCCCACUGGCAGCAUACCCCCCACCAUCCCAGCGGUCAUGUUCAUAUUUGGGGUGGUGGGGAACCUGAUUGCCAUCAUUGUCCUGUGCAAAUCCCGCAAGGAGCAGAAGGAGACCACUUUCUAUACCCUGGUCUGUGGACUGGCACUGACUGAUCUGCUUGGCACCUGCUUGGUGAGCCCAGUGACCAUUAUUACCUAUAUACAGAACCGGUGGCCCGGCGGCGAAGCCCUGUGUGAGUACGGCUCCUUCAUCCUACUCUUCUUUGGACUAUCAGGUCUCAGCAUCAUCUGUGCCAUGUCCAUUGAGAGGUAUCUUGCCAUUAACCAUGCCUACUUCUACAACCAUUAUGUGGACAAGAAGCUGGCAGGACUCACCCUGUGUGCCAUCUAUGUAUCCAAUGUCAUCUUCUGCGCCCUGCCCAGCAUGGGACUGGGGAAGUCCACCUUCCAGUACCCCAACACCUGGUGCUUCAUAGACUGGAGGACCAACGUGGCCACCCAUGCUGCCUACUCGUACAUGUACGCCGGUUUCAGCUCCUUCUUGAUCAUGGUCACCGUGCUGUGCAAUGUGCUGGUGUGCGUGGCGCUCAUCCGCAUGCACCGGCAGUUUGUGCGCAGGACUUCCCUGGGGACCGAUAACCGGAUCACAGAUAUCAGGAGACGGAGGAGCUUCAGGAGAAUGGCCGGGGCAGAGAUCCAGAUGGUUAUCAUUCUCAUAGGAACCUCAGUGGUGGUUCUCAUCUGCUCCAUCCCUCUUGUGGUUCGGGUUUUUGUCAACCAGCUCUAUCGACCUCCAGUAGAGACAGACAUUGCAAGCAACCUAGAUCUGAGGGCCAUCAGAAUUGCGUCAGUGAAUCCUAUCUUGGAUCCAUGGAUUUAUAUUCUCCUCAGGAAGACUGUACUUAGCAAAGUCAUUGAAAAGAUCAAGUGUCUCUUCUGCAGGAUCGGCAGUGGCAGGAGGCCACAUUCUGCAUCAAGCUUCAACUGCACCGAGGGCAGAAGAGCCUCCUCGGUUAUGUCAAGUCAUUCCCCUUCGUUUGUGUCGAGAGAGCUCAGAGAAGUUAGUUCUACGUCGCAGACUUUACUCUACCCUCUUGAACUGAGUGAUGGGAGCUUCAGGAGUAGCACAGUUUUACCAGGGGCUAUGACAGCUAUAAAUCUCCCAGGAGCUCCAGACAGGACGUUACGUGGUUCUGACCAGUCAGUUUCUUCUCAGGGUCCAGAUUCUGAGCAAGUACUUCUAGUAAACGAGACUCAGCCACCACAAGUCACUCAGAAUGGCAAUUCAUCCAAGGGAAACCCACUUCACGUCACUUUUCCAGAUGAUGCAUUGAAUGUAUCCGAGAAAUGUAUAUAGGAACUUCAGGUUGCCCGCCUUGCACAUUUAGAUCUAGAUAACAGCGUUGAGGCCAAAACACAAUGGUCCAGUUAUGUCUAAGACAGGGUUUCAUCAGAAAUCUGAUAGAUCUUGAGGAUGUGGCGGUCUUCACCAACGUUGUCCCGAUGUGCUGGGUUGUCUGGCACCAUUGACUUUUCCAUUGGCACUUUUUGAUGAUCAGUUCCACCAGUGGUGGCUGCUUUAGAGGAGAUAAGACGAUCAAUUGUAAGACUCCUGACACUUUCUCUGACAAAUCAAAUUUGUCUUCUAGAUGAUGAAUGUCUAUAUGUCUAGCAAAGCUUUAACAAAUGUGAAUUUUCAUUGAUGUAUGUAUAUGGGAUUUUUAAUGUAUUUAUUGUCUUCUCCGUGAGAAGGUUUUUAGAUUCAAACGUCUAGAUAAAAGAAUUAAAGGGCAAUGUCCUCCUUUUUCAAGAAUAUUGCUCAAGAGCUUUUAUUAACGUCCUAAAAAAUAAAGUUUUGCACUAAAUUGAGACACUUUUUGGCAACAUUGAUAACCUAGGCCAGUGGUGGACUUUGUGCACGUCCACCACCGUGUGGGAAUGGACGUAUGAUCUUUCGAACAUAAUGCAGUCCAUAGAACGGACGGCUCAACUUGAUAAUUUUGUCAGAUAUUAGAUGGGCUAGUAGCUAGUUGAGGCCCUUCUACCAUGACUUCUGCUAUCACUUCUCAGGUGGCCCCAAGCCGUAGUAGGGGCAUAGAUUCAACCACUAAAUAUUUAGUUGGGGAGAACAAUCAUUUCUUGGUUUACUUAGAUUAUAACUUUCUCAUUAAGAUAAAGAUAACCAGUUUGUAGAACAUUUUCCUGCCUUUAAAAGGGUCCUACCUUUACGCUCUUAGGGUACAUUUAUAAAGGGGGGCAUCCUGUUAUCAGGACUGGUAUCUACAGUAGAGACCACUGGAAGUUAUGUCACUUAAGCUCUCUAAGACCAUCAAAAUCCAUUGGAAACAAUAGCAGACAGCCAUUGAUUUCAAUGAUUCAGCUGGUGCCAGAGGAGCCAGGUAGAACAUAUUCCCAUAAAAAUUCAUAUAAAGAUUUAGCACAGCUGAAUUUGUCAAGUCUGGUUAGAAAUAUCCAGUCCAAUCUAUUUUUUAUCCAUGAAAAAAAAUCAGGGAAGGACAUUCCACCAGUGACUUAUGUUGUGCACAAUGCAUGUGAACAUUGAGCCUGCGUACACAAAAAUUUCUCUAUGUGAUACUGAUGGGUAUAUUACUUAUAAUUAUGUCAUUGCAAUGUUAUGUGCAGUCUGGAGAUGCUGUGUUCAUAUCCAGAAGUGGUCACAUCAGGUUCUAUCUGCUAUACAUCAGGCUGCCUCUCCAUGCUGCACAGACUUGUUUAGGUUCCUCACCCUUAGGCAACAGGACGCACAAGAAUGAGAAUCAAUCAUGUAAAUCAAGGGGGAAAUUUGCAGAAAGGAGAGAGAACCACCAUAAGCCGAGUCAUGACCCCGUCGGCUGACCACAACCCUUCUUCGGAGAACAUUCCACCAUUUGCACAGUACAUUCUCUGCGCUGUUCCGUCCAUUCCAUAUAACACUCUUUUAUCCAUUGACUAUUGUGCAGUGUGAGCCCCCAAUGAAUUUGUACAACCGUGCCUAAUGCCAAGUCCGGCCCCAACCUUCAUAGAUUGUUCAACCAAAUGGAGCACUUACCAAGUUAGGGUUGGUUACUCCUUUUCUGAAGGAACAUUAUCAUGGAGCAUGUUCUGUUGCUUUCCGCGGCCAUGUGAAUUGUUUUAUUGUAAUUGCAUUCUGAAUCUGUAUUCGUCAAACCGUUUGAUUGACCAAUAGUUUGUGUUUGGGGGGAAUCACAAUAAAAUUAUGUUGUUGAACUCAU